UACUACUUUGGAGAUAUAAAUCUACCUAGGGACAAAUUUCUUCAGGAUGAGAUGAAAUUAGAAGAUGGGUGGGUAUCUUUAGCCACAAUGACAAAAUUCAAUCGACUGAAACAACUUACCACCAAUCACAAAAUCAUCGCCACAGCAUUGAGGAAAUCUGACUCAGGACUUAUUCAGGUUAGCAAGGACAAUGUGUUCAUCCGUCGUAAUCCUGACAUUCCUAUACCAGAGAACACAGAGGAAAGAAGGAACGAUUUUAACGACAGAUCUGCUUAUGUUAAAGGCUUUCCAUUGAAUGUGUCACUGGACACAUUAAUUGCUUACUUUGAGAAGAUAGCACCAGUGGAUACAGUAUACAUGAGAAGAGACCAGGAGAAGAAAUUUAAAGGAUCGGUUUUUAUCACAUUUCAUAAAAAAGAGGAUACAGAGAAGUUCCUAGCAGAACCUGAAUCUAAGUAUGAAGAUGCAGUCCUUAUCAAAAAGUCAAAACAAGAAUAUUUUCAAAAACGAGAGGAUGAGAAAAAGCAGAAAAAAUUGGAACAGUUACGUAAAAAGAAAGAAGAUCAACAGAGAAGGGAGGAAGAAGAAACAAAGAAACUAGCUGGUUCUAUCACACCUGGUGCCGUGUUACACCUGACAGGUAUUACCGGGGAGGAACUGACCAGGGAGGAUAUCAAAACUUACUUCACAGACUACACACCUGUUGCCUGGGUAGACUUUGAGAAAGGCGACAACCAGGCCUGGGUCAGAUUUACAGAAGCCAACACUGCAAAAACAACACUAGAGAAAGCAAUGGCAGACCACGAUGGCAAACUUGAGAUUUCAAACCUUGUUUUAGAAGGGAGAAUUCUGGAAGGAGAUGAAGAAAUGGAUCAUUGGAGGAAAAUUUUUAAAGAAAGAGCGGACAGUAUCAAUCGCUUUAAGGCAAACAGGAAAAGGAGACACGGGAAAGGCUACGGGGGACCCAGGGACAAGAAGAAGAGGAACACUGGUGGAGAUGGGGGAAGGGAGGAAGAGGGAGACAGUGACGGAGAGGAAGAUGAUGACGCCGGGGAUUGAGAGUAGUGGUGCUGAUAUGGGACUUUACUGUAUGAACUGCAGACUUUUAGACACAUUUAACAGAAAUAAAAAGUGAGCAGUUUGGAACAUAACAGGACGCUUGUUGUGCUCUUGUGUAGAUGUACAUCAUAAGAAAACUCUGAUUUUAUUUAUGGCUCCAGCUGUCGGCCAUGUUUAGAGUGUUGUACAGAAGCAUUUUAUGUCAUUUUCAGUUCUCGUCAUGGAGGACAAAUACAUUUACCUAAGAGGCAAACCAAGUGUUCUAUUUCUUUCUACAGCCAUCCUGAUUUUUACAACCAGAAAAGUUCUGUUGUCAGUUUUUAAUUGACACAUAAAGUAGACAACAUGCUUUUAUAGUUUAAUACAUACAUAUAC